UUCGCGUGUCUGUUUCAUUGUUUACCUUCAUGAUCGAAUAUCUGUCUCUCUCUGUUUGGUAUUUAAGAUCAAUAUUUUAGUUCAAACUGAACCUGGAUAUACGUAGGCAUAAUUGGAGGGCAUAGCGUUUGGAAUUCAUAUAGCAAGUACCAAAUCCUAGUCUUGUGGCGCGUGUUUGACCAGUAUCUGAUUGAUAUGCAGUCUGCAAAGGAGAAGAUCAGUAACUUGGCCAGUGCUUCCAAGGAGAAAGUAGAGACUCACAAAGCCAAAACGGAAGAGAAGGUUGAGAAGAUGACAGCGAGGACAGAGGAAGAGAAGAGAAUAGCGGAGGAGAAGAGAAGAGCUAAAGAGGCAGAAGCGAAGAUGAAGCUGCAUGAGUCCAAAGCCGAGCAUGAAGCCGAUAAACUGACUACUGGUGCUCCUGCAACUGAUGCCGGUGCUCCGAUGGGUAGGACCGCGGUUCCAUCGUAUCCACUGGGAGGUUACAGCACCCGAAAACUGCCCUAGUCGUAGC